AUGGUGAGCCCAGCAGAGAUAUCAUCGUUUAAUGCUUUUCUCAUUUCAACUACGGUUACUGUUCAGAAACUGAAGGAAUCAGAAAUUACAGAGCAGGACUCACUCCUCCUUACAAGGAACUUGAUGCGCAUUGCUUUAUUCAACAUUGCUUACGUCAGAGGCCUGUUUCCUGAGGAAUAUUUUAGUGAUAAAUCUGUUCCAGCUUUAGAGAUGAAAAUUAAGAAACUCAUGCCCAUGGAUGCUGAAUCACGUCGACUGAUUGAUUGGAUGGAAAAAGGUGUUUAUGAUGCAUUUCAGAAGAAGUAUCUUAAAACACUCUUGUUCAGCGUGUGCGAAAAAAUAGGUGGCCCAAUGAUCGAGGAAUAUGCAUUUUCUUUCUGUUACUCAAACUCUGACAGCCAAGAAGUGUCAAUGAAUGUCAAUCGCAUUGGAAUGAAGAAAGGGGGAACAUUCAAGUGCAAUUCAACCGCUGAAAUAACUCCCAAUCAGAUGAGGAGUUCUGCUUGUAAAAUGGUCCGUACAUUGAUUCAGUUGAUGAGAACUUUGGAUAAGAUGCCAGAAGAGCGAACGAUACUGAUGAAGCUCCUUUAUUAUGAUGAUGUCACUCCUGCUGAUUACGAGCCUCCUUUCUUUAGAAGCUGCACUGAAGAGGAGGCUGUUAAUCCAUGGACUAAAAGUCCUUUGGAAAUGGAGGUUGGCAAUGUCAAUAGCAAGCAUUUUGUGUUAGCUCUGAAGCUUAAGAGCAUUCUUGAUCCCUGUGAGGAUGAGAAUGACAACAAUCAAGAUAUUAGUGUGAGCUUGGGAGCUGAUUCCUUCCAGGGUGAUGACAGCGAAUCUGAUAGUGAGUUCAGUCACUCUGAUGAUGACCAAUACAUAGUUGCCCCAAUUGAGAAGCAAGAUGCUCAGGAUAAUGGUAAUAUGGAUGAUGAAGAUGAUACUCAGGAUCCAGAUGAAGAUGAGCAACAAUUUGCUAGGCUAAAGGACUGGAUCAACUCAUACCACCUUGACAAAAUUGAAGUGACUGAUGUUCUGUCUCAUUUCCCUGACAUAUCAGUGGUCUUGGCUGAAGACAUUAUAGAAAAGCUUGUUAAGGAAGGCAUACUUUCACGUGCUGGCACAGACUGUUACAUCAUUAACAAGCAAAUGAAAUUCAACUAUGAGUUCGACAUUGUGAAAGAAGAAAUUAACGGCCAGAAAUACCCAAAAGGCAACCAAACUCAGCAUGGCAAGGGUGAAGAAUACAUGUACAUGAAGGCUUUGUAUCAUGCUCUUCCAAUGAACUAUGUAACUAUUAGCAAACUUCAAAGUAAACUAGCAGGAGAAGCAAAUCAAACUACUGUGAAGAAGCUACUAAAUAAAAUGACACAAGAUGGCUUUGUUGAGGCUAGCAGCAACCGCAGGCUAGGCAAGCGUGUGAUCCACUCUGACUUGACUGAGAAAAAACUGGUUGAGGUUAAGAAGGUCUUAGAGAAAGAUGCCAUGGAUGUGGACAUGAAUAAAUCAGGUAAUAAGUCCAACAAUUUAGAACUUCGGGUAGUAGAUUUAUCCACUUGUGGUGCUCUCCGCUCUAUUGGAUCAUACCUCACACGCACAAGAGGCAAAUCUGAUGCAUACCAGAAUGGCUCUGUCUUGAGCGAUCAGACGGUCUCAAAGAGAAGAGACCACGGAAACAGUGGAAACACCCCUUCAAGCAAGGCAGAGCCCAUACCUACAGGGGAGAGUUUCGUACCUGGGAAUGAGAAUGCGAAAACAUAUAGAAGCACAAAUCGUGAUGAGUUAGAGACAGUUGUCUGUAGCUUAUCCAGUCAGGGUAAGCGUAAAAGGAAAGCAAGCAUGGUAAAAGAUCCUAUUCCUCAGUAUGUAAGACGCCAAAAAUCUCAAAUUGCUUGA